GCGAUACUAGUAGCUCAUGAGCGCUCGUGGAGCGAGCAUCGAAACGUUCUCUUCGGAGCGGGCGAGGAUGUCAGUUCGUGAUCGACGAGCGACUGUGAGAGGAGUCUAAAUAACGAGUUUAAAAGUCUUCGAACGCGCGUGCACGUCGUCGAUAUCCGGAUACAUACCCGGGAGAGGACGAGAGAGCUUUAGGAGGAAAAAAAGGGGGAGUCCACUCGAGCGACGGAAGGGUAAACGAUUAGCGCGCGCGCCGCUUUUAUCGCUGCUCGGCGAGCACGUGGCUGCGGAAUAUAACGUGCGGCCGUAAAAGAGACUCCUUCAGUCUUCAGUCUCGUCGCGUCUCUCGCACAGAUAAGCCGCGGCAGCCGGAGGUGGAGGAGGUGUUCCCUACGUAGUGCCGGAUCGGAGGGAUAGCGAGCGACGCGCUGGAUCGCGCCACGGUCCAUCAUCCACGCUCCACAGUCGAGUCGCGUUCACGAGGGAGGAGACACUACGUCCUUUCGUAAUUUUUCGCCCGCCGACAAGCCGCUCAAUCCUUUGAACGCAACGUUUCUCGAGUUUCGUUUCGUUUCGCGGAAGCGAGGGGGUUUUUUUUCGGAUUGUGUCAGCGAAACACGCCGUCUCGCGCCGCGAGAUCAUUCGGAUCCGUCUCGUCGAAGGUGCCGUCGAAUCUGGUGAGAGAAGACCCGCGAGGGGAAUCGUCCGCGACGAGAGUGAUCGAUCGAAACGACGAGAGAUAGUCCUUCGAGUCCCGUCGUCGGCGAAAGCGCGCGCGAUUGUGAUGCGAGUCGCCGACUUGACGUCGUUGUUCAAUUGAAGUGAAGUGUGUUACGUGGAGUUCUUUCGGAAGCGGCCCGAAAAUGGUGCCAACGCAGCAAGAGAGCCCCUCGAGUUCCUCGGGGGUGACAAUCAUGUUUGGAUCGUUAUUUGUGAAUAAGGAUUCUCCCACGCCGUAUUCGGACGCCACGCAGACGAAGAAGAACAGUCCUAAUCGCAUCAAGAGACCCAUGAACGCAUUCAUGGUCUGGUCGCAGAUAGAGCGCAGGAAGAUCUGUGAGGUUCAGCCGGAUAUGCAUAAUGCCGAAAUCAGUAAAAAACUAGGGAAGAAGUGGAAGCAAUUAUCAGAGGAGGAUAAAAAGCCUUACAAAGAGGAAGCCGAGCGACUCAGGGAUUUCCAUGCGGCAGAGUAUCCAAAUUACAAGUACCGACCCAGGAAAAAGACCUCGAAACCCGUCGAGGUCUCGAAGGCAAAGGAGAGGAAGAGAUCGCGGAAAUCGGUGUCCAUAUCUUUGCCAUCGCCGUCGAUAUCGUUGUCGCCUUCCCCAUCACCGUCGUCGUCGAUGUUGUCGACGCCGUCGAGCAGCCCAGCCUCGAUAUUAGCCAGCUCGUCCUCGUCACCGCUGUCGCCGAUUGCGGCGCCCGCUGCUAGUCACGUUGCAAGGACCAGAAACGAUAAUAAUAACAACAAUCAACAGCAGACGCUGAAGAAACCGAUGAAAAGGCUCCAGGCUCAAUCGAGCGUUAAAUCGAUGUCCAGGUCGAACUCCAAACCCAUCGAGUUGCCUCCUCUGGAGACGACGCGCCAUAUGCUGCACUCUGAUGUCGAUUACACCUCAGCGCCGUCAACGGUUGUCGCCAAGGUGCCCACCAGUCCGACCUGCGACACCCCGGACUCGCCCGAGUCCGCUUUCUACGACGAGAGCUACAAUCCCGAGAACAUCACGUCCAACAACAACGUUAUGGCCUGCAACGUCGCUUCUACCAAGAUCAAGCAGGAACCAUUGUUGGAACCGAAGUUGGAGCCGCAGAUGGAAUUGGAUCAGACCAGUUUCGCCUCGAAGGACAUAUGUCUGGCUUCCUCCUUGGAUUUGCCGUCGACGAUGCGAAUGGACUAUCGCCCUUGUCUCCAAUUGGCUUCCGCUGUUUCCGCUGGUCGACAGACGACGAAUUUCAACGUGAAGCGGGAGCCCAUGAUGAUGAAUGCCAUCCCUCCGAUGAUGCUUACGCCGCAAUCGUCCAUUAUGUCGUCCGUUCCUAUGACGACGACGAUAGGGUCCGCGGGGAUGAACCUCGAUGACUCCCUCGAUGAGGCCCUCAUCGGCAACAUCGGUCGCCCGGUCAGGCUCGAGGAACUCAUGAACAACUUUGAUCCUCGUGACAUCCCUGAACAAUCGUUACCCGAGCUAUCGUCCGACAUCGAGAUGGAGGAUAUCAUCGAGAUGGACUUCGAAUUUUCUCGCUCGAAUGAGGAGCUCAUGUCCUCAAUGUCAAGCAUACUCGGCAAUACAAGCAACGACCCGGCUCCAACAGAAUGGAACAGCUAUUGAAAAGCCGAGAGAGAAAAUGAGGAGGAAGAACAAAGAUAAACAGAAUGCGCAUCAUCGGUUUGUAUCGAGCAUUUUUUUCACGCAGAGAUUGCUAAUAGCGUUACGAAUAAUUGUCCUCAGCACGUUGCGCGAGUAGGGAAGGAAUUUGCCCGCCGUGUUCCGCGAGUAUUUCGCGAACCGGUCGAUUUCAAGAUCUCGACCGGACGUGCCGAUGUGAUGCGCGAGAAUAACCGCGCGUCAUCGCGAUCGCUAUCGAUUCUUUUUCACGGAUCGCACGCUCGAGUUCGACUGAACGCAUUAUCAUCCGCUAUGGCACGUCUUCGUCUUUUCUACUUGUCGUCAGAGUAGAUACUACUCUUCGAGUGUACGAGCGUUUUCUUCGGCUGUCGCGCGUCGUGGCUUUCCGUAUUGCGUUUUGCGUUUUGUACAACCGAAUCUGCAACCGAUCAGUCGUUAGAUCCAGAGAGGCGGAAUGUGUCCCUUUCGAGGAAAAGAGAUGCGAUUGUUUGAUUUGCAGUCAGUUUCUAACGAAUUAACGAGUAUAUUCGCGGGUAACAAAAAAUUCGCGAUAAUUAGCGUAAAUAAGCCAUUAAGAUGUAUUCAAAUAGAGCAUUACGUGGCCUUUAUUGGUUGUCUCCUUUUCGUUUCGGAAAUCCCCACAUUCUCGAUGUUUGGGUAUGAACAAUACCCCACAUUCUCGAUUGUUUGGGUGUGGAAUUGGGAGACGCACCGUCUUCUACCUGUUUAUAAUAUCUAAUGUAUUUAAAAUUUUAUUUAAUAGAUCCCGUUUCGUGGGUGUGAUUUUGACAUGACGAUUGCCGCGACGCACAUGAAACUUAAUACUUUUGACGGUAUUGAACUUUUCUUACGAACCAAUCAAAAUUUUUAGAGCUCUAAACCGAUCAAGCGAUCGCUGACUAUUUAUAUUCCGAACAUGAGCGCGGCAUAAGAUCGAGAAGAAAAAGACGAACGAUAGCCACGGCGCGCGAUGGUUUCGGGAUCCAGAGUUUUCUUUUUUUUUUUUUUGUAUAUGUAUUGUAGUAUACUUUUGUAUGAAGUUAAAUAAGCGUGGGCGGGCGGUUGAGCUCGCGUGGUUUGUAGGCGAAUCGAAAUGAUAAUUUGAUGAUGAAGAAAUACGCGAAUGAAGAAUGUUCGCGGAGCAAGUUUCUUCGCGCGACUUAUAGCCGCCCGCUUUUUGUUGUAUAUAUCGAAACUGUAUUUAGUAGAAUAUAAUAUAUACUUAAAGUAUAAGUAAAAUCUCCAUCAAUUGUGCAAACGACGCACGUAUUUUGCAUAAUAUCGGUGCUCUUUCCGAAUCUGUCAAAAUUACAACUUUAAAAUGAUCUAAAAGAGCUGCAAAAUUAAAAUUAAAAUUUAUUUAAUAUAAAAAUUGUGAAAG